GAUAAACCCAAGUUUUUCUCAGCACUUUCACCCAUCUCAUAAACUCCUCCGAAAAUCUUUUUUUUUACUGAAGCGUUUAAAGAUGGCGACUUUGUCUAGGUUUGUUGUCAAAGAUUGUAAUCUUCAUAAAUACGGUGCGGUAUAUAGAGGACCAUCGUCUUCGAUUUCAUUAAGAACACUACAGGCAGCUCAUCUGGAUGUUAGAGCAGGGAUUUCUUUGCCUGAGAAUGUAAAAGGUUUGUCAAUUCAAAGCAAGCCAAGUAGUCCCCUUGUUGCUCUAUCAUCCCCUUCAAGGAAUCCGAAAGUUAUCUGCAAUGCUGCAGCCAAUGUACCCGGAGAUGUUCCUACCCCGAGCGGAUUGAGCCAGUACGAGAGAAUAAUCGAAACUUUAACGACUCUAUUCCCCGUCUGGGUUAUUUUGGGAACUGUUAUCGGCAUAUACAAGCCGGCUGCGGUUACAUGGCUGGAGACAGACCUAUUCACAGUUGGCCUAGGUUUCCUCAUGCUUUCAAUGGGACUGACGUUAACCUUCGACGAUUUCAGACGCUGUCUACGGAAUCCAUGGACUGUAGGUGUAGGAUUUCUUGCUCAAUACCUAGUCAAGCCUAUGCUAGGAUUUGCUAUUGCAAUGACUCUGAAACUGUCCGCUCCACUUGCAACCGGUCUUAUUUUGGUCUCAUGCUGCCCUGGUGGUCAGGCGUCAAAUGUCGCGACCUAUAUCUCUAAGGGGAAUGUAGCACUUUCUGUUCUCAUGACAACGUGUUCAACUAUCGGAGCAAUAGUUAUGACACCACUCCUCACAAAGCUUCUUGCUGGACAGCUUGUUCCUGUUGAUGCUGUGGGUCUUGCCAUCAGCACUUUUCAGGUCGUGUUAGUACCAACGGUUGUUGGAGUGUUGGCCAAUGAAUUCUUCCAAUUCACUUCAAAGAUAAUCACAGUGACACCAUUAAUCGGAGUCAUUCUCACCACUUUGCUUUGUGCAAGCCCUAUCGGUCAAGUGUCUGAAGUGUUGAAAACCCAAGGAGCUCAGCUAAUAUUGCCUGUAGCUCUCCUACAUGCUGCUGCAUUCGCCCUUGGUUACUGGAUUUCAAAAUUAUCAUUCGGGGAAUCCACUUCCCGUACCAUCUCCAUAGAAUGUGGAAUGCAGAGUUCGGCGCUCGGUUUCUUGCUUGCCCAGAAACAUUUUACCAAUCCCCUAGUAGCCGUUCCUUCUGCAGUUAGCGUUGUUUGCAUGGCCCUGGGCGGGAGUGGCCUUGCUGUGUUAUGGAGGAACCGACCAAUUCCUGUGGAUGAUAAAGAUGAUUUCAUGGAAUGACUGCUUUUUCAACUUGUAAUUCUUUUCUCAAUCUCAUCAAUAGGGAUUGAACCUUGAUAUUUGGGUGCCAAUAUCAAGAAUUUUCAUUAUUGGUUUCAUAUAUCUCAAAACUUUAUCCCG